AUGUUCAUACUUGAUGAAUUGAUUGGUCGAGAUAAGAUUCAUGUCCAUGUUGAAGGAAUAAAAGCUAAAUUGCAUGGGUUAUCUGAAAGUAGAAUAUCAUAUGGAAUUGCUAAUAUAGGUGAAACAGGUGGCACAAGUAAGCACUCUAGAAGUCAAGAUGUGAUUCCUAUAUUACCUCAACUGAAUGAUGACAUUGACGAUGAGAAAAAAAAGAUUGUGAAAGAGGUGGCUGACAUAAGCAACACUGAUCGAUCAGUGAUCGCUAUAGUCGGUAUGGGUGGUCUGAGAAAGACCACACUUGCUAAAUCCAUUUAUAAUGAUCAUGAUGUCAAGAGAAGUUUUGCUAAACUUGCAUGGGUAAUCAUAUCUCAAGAAUAUACCAUCCUUGAUAUUUUAAAGAGAAUCUCAUCAGAAGUUUCAGCAACUUCAUCAAGAGAUGAAAUCCAAGAUCUCUCAGUCGCUAUUUCUGAAAAAUUGAAGAAAGGCAAGUAUUUGGUCAUUCUUGAUGAUGUUUGGAAAAAAGAUGUAUGGGAUCAAUUACAAAAGGUUUUUCCAAAUGUUAAUAAUGGAAGUAGAGUUAUCAUCACCACUCACUUCUUAAAUGUUGCUAAGAUUGCAAAUCCUACCAUCCAACCUCAUGAAUUGAGUUUGUUAAACGAAAAGGAGAGCAUGGAAUUGUUUCUUCGCAAGGUCUUCCCAAGACAAGAUACUGAAACAUGUUGCCCGAUAGAUUUGGUUGAUUAUGCUCAUCAGCUUUUUCAGAGGUGUAGUGGCUUACCAUUGGCACUAGUAGUCACUGGAGGACUUAUGUCAACCAAACCAAAAAGUAGAGAUGCAUGGCAGAAAGUCUUUGAAAGCAUGAAAAGGCAAUUUGUGGAAGGGAAUGUGUUGCCAAAGCUCACAAAUCUACUCAAAUUGAAGAUAUAUGAUGUCUCUAAUGAUCAUGCCAGUGCACUAUCUUCAUCACUCCAGAAAUUGGGUCGUCUUAUACAAGGAGAUGUAAUUCCUUUGGACAAUAUCAUUACAGCCUUUUCCAAUCAACAUUGCCUCAAGAAAUUGAAACUCAAUGGAAGGUUGAACUGCAAAGAGCUUCCACGCACCGAUGUAUUUCCUCACCCACUAGUGAAACUAACUCUGAUUAAUUCUAAUUUGGAGCAAGACCCAAUGCCAACACUAGAGAAGUUGCAAUCUCUCAAAUAUCUACAACUUUUCAGGUCAUAUAUAGGUAAAAAGAUGAUAUGUUCGGCAACAGGUUUCCCACAACUAUUGACCCUUGACAUUGAGUAUUUUCUUGAACUUGAGGAGUGGAAGAUAGAGGAGAAGGCAAUGCCAUGUCUCAAGUAUUUAAAUCUCAGUGCUUGUCUGGAGCUGAAGGUGGUUCUUGAAGGACUAAAGAAUGUUCCACUUGAUGAAUUGGUAUUGCAUUUCAUGCCUGAAGACUGGUCCAAGAUUCAAUAUGUGCCCAACUUCUCUUGUCAUUAA